AUGCUCCUCCCCUCCCUCGUCACCCUCCGCCACCCAACCUCGCACGAGCUCACGCCCGAGGACAUCUUCGAGAGCAGCCUGGGUGGUGUCUUUGUGAACGAUUUACAAAACCAACACGGCGACGACCCCACAACCACCAUCCUCUACCGCCCCUCGAACCCCGCCUACGCCGAAAUCGCCCUCCACCCCGCCGAUGUCACCGGCGAGGAGCAGCGCCGUAAAUUCGCGCACUACCUUUGGAAUGCGGGGAUCUUGAUGGCGGAGCUGGUCGGGGGGCGGCCUGCUGGGGACAUGAAGCAUGAUGUAAAUGAGCUGUGGGGCGAGCAGAGCCGGUGGCGCGAUGGGGAGUGGUGGACAGGGGAGGAGGAAGAGGCCAAGUGGGCGGUGAAGGGAGAGACAGUGCUGGAAUUGGGCGCAGGGGUUGGACUGGGCGGGAUUAUGAGCGCUGUAACUGGGGCAGCGGAGGUCGCUAUAACAGACUACCCCGCGCCCCCGAUCCUCGAGACCCUCCGGAAGAACGCAGAGACGAACAUCCCCGCGGAACAGAGGGCCCACACCGCUGUCUACGGCCACCAGUGGAACGUCCUAGACGAUGAGUUUUCAACAUCCCACGCGCACCACUACACCCGCAUCCUCGCCGCAGACUGCCUCUGGAUGCCGCACGAGCACGAGAACCUCGCACAGUCCAUGCUGCAUUUCCUGUCCGACUCGCCAGACGCCCGGGUGUAUGUGAUCGCCGGGUUCCACACGGGCCGCGCGAAGGUGGCUCCGUUCUUCGAGGAGACAAUACCAGAGGUCGGGCUGGAGAUCGAGGAGAUCUAUGAGAUGGAUGCGGAGGGGAGGCGGCGCGCGUGGGCGGCAGAGCGCGACGGCGGGAGGGAGGACGUCGGCGAGCGGAAGAAGUGGUGUGUGCUCGCGCGGCUGCGUCGCCGUAGAUAG